AUGGUGUUUCUCGUAACUUGUUCAAGUGCCAUUCUUAAACUUCUCCAGGUUCUUUCCCUUGCUGAAUUCUUGUGGCCGUGUCUCCUGUUCACGAUUCUGACAGUACUGCGUUUUCAGGAGCUUCCCAGACAGAGAGACAACUGUUACUUGGAAGCCCGGGAUCUGCCCAGCCGGGGCGUGCUUCCCUUUGUCCAAGGCCUGCUUUGUAAUACCGGAUCCAGGUGCAGGAACUUCAGUUACGUGGAGUCCUCGGCACACCAUUUUAGGUCCCAGGCUGCAGCUGACCGUGAGACGCUCAGAAGUCUGCCCUUCUUAAGGGAGAUGCAAGGCCUGGCUGAGGAAAUCUAUGAGACCAUGGACAAGGCAGAACACUUACAAAAACGUUGGGCAGAAGGAUCCAAGACCCCAGGCAAGAGCUGGGGGUCAAGCUUCUGGUCAGUGGAGCUGCAGGAGGCGGAGGAGCUGACAGCCACGCUGGAAGUCCUGCAGCAGCGGCCUCACCUCUGGGACUUCCUGCUCUCCCUGCCGGCGCUGCAGGACGACGGCCUGCGCACGGCCCUGCACUUCCUCCAGGCCGCUCGGGGAGGUCCCGUGAGCCGUGAGGAAUCCGGCCACAUCUCUCCCCAGAGCUGGACGCGGUCACGGGACCUCAGGCUUCCUAACCGCCAACUCCUGCUGCUUCUGUUUGGUUUUGGUUUUAGUUUCUUGAUGUCCCUGGAAGGAUCGGCUUGGCUGCCACUCAACCACACCUUCUCCUGGGCUUCUGGGAGCCUCCUGAACGUGACCAUCUCCACGCUGACGACUCUGCAGCGACAUGGAGCGGCGCUUGCUGGGUCUGGGUCCCGCCUGUCCCUGCGGAGUGUCGUGUGGGAGCCACAGAAGGUUCAGGCCAAUCUCCAGACUCGGUUCGGGUUGGAUGAACUUCACACGGGACAGAUCCUGAAUUAUUCAGCUGAACUAAGGGAGAUGCUCACGGCCAGCUCCCUGGAGAGGGUGGUGUGCUCCGCCCUGUCCAGCACAUCCCAGGACGGAGCUGCAGGAGGGGGCCACCGUGGAGACUGCCAGCUCCAGUGGUCAGAAGCCAAAAGCUACCUUGUGCAUGCGGUCAGCUGGCUGCGCGUCUACAGACAGGUGCUUGACUGGUGGCAACAGCGUGGCGUGCUGCGGGAGGUGCUCACUGGGGCCGGCUGCAGUCUGGGGGCCCUGGGGGCUCGGCUGGAAGAAGGGAGUGGGCCGUGGCAGGUGGUGCAAACUGUGCGCACUGGGCUGCUCCUGCUGCAAGGCAGCCUGGUGGCCGAGGGCCCUGAAGACGAGCGCUCGCCACCUAAGACGGCAUUAAACUUCACAAAGCGCCUUUUAAUGAUGAAAAAGUUGUUCAUUGAUGAUGAACACGUGGACUUCCUUUUGUCCUUUGUGGGAGUUUUGGAGACCCCAUUGUCAUUUAAUCCUGUUGACUCACAGAUGUGUCCCAGAUUCCACAGCCUCCCGUCCACCCCUGAGAAUAUCCUAAAUGUUCUAAAUACACGUACUUCAUGGUUGAAUCGCUUAAAAAGUUUAGAGAUGGAACCAUCUCCCAUCCAUGUUCGGAAGCUUUUGGAAUUUGGCAAAGAGGUGACGAGAAUACAAACUCUUGAAAGUAACUGGGUGAGUGAGGAACCAGGACAUCUUUUGAGGUUCCUGGAAUUAACACAUAAUUCCAAGCUGCCAGAAUCAUGGCUCUAUGGCACUUCAAAAGAAAAAGGAGCUAAGUUGGAUGUCUGGUCUACACUUCUAAAUUUUUCUGUCCCGGAAAAUGAGAAAGUUCUUAGUAAAAGCUUUGACUUUUCCCAGCGGCUCCGUUCAGAUUGGCCUGGUUCCCGGAUGACCGUGGAUCUUGUACAUCCGAGUGAAGCUGUGAUCAGUAGUCUCUCUGAGUCUGGAUUUCUGGGGCAGGAACAAGUCGAAGCUCUUGGCGAAGUCUAUAUGAUAAAGAACACGUCUGAUCCUUUUAUAGCUCUUCCUGAACCUCAGAAGCAAGAUGGUGAUAACAUUUGGGCUCAUUUAAUCAGUAUCUCCAAGGACAAGGAUUCGGCUUUACUUCUGCAAGUUUAUUCUCCAUUUUAUCAGCCCAUUUAUAAGUUCCUGAGCACUCAGAGCCGAGAGUCUUUGCUAACUUUCCUUACACAAAUCUCAAAACGCAUUUUGGAUAUCAUAAAGCAAUUUAAUUUUCAGAACAUCAGCAAGGCAUUUGCGUUUUUAUCUGAGGCAGCAGGGCUUCUCGGGGGAAUUUCCGAAGUACCACCUUGUCAGCAACUGCUUUCAAUUUUUAACUUCCUGGAGCUGAAAGCCGAAUCCUUGAUGUCUGCAGAGGGCCAGGAAUCGGAGGGGAUCCACGCCACGCUGACGGGCCUCAGACAGCCGCUCACGGUGGAUGAAGGUUUGCGCACCUCUAUUCAGUACGUGAGUCAGUUCUUCAGUGGCUCGCCAGGGGCCCUGUUUGGUGAGUGCUUUGUCUGGGAAAAUAAACACAUUUCUCCCACGACUUCCUCAGCGCACGAAGGAUCUUCACUCGCUCUUCCAUGGGACGAGUUCUCCGAGCUCUCGGCUGAGGGCGGUGCGCUGAGUGAGUUCCGAGCCGUUCACUGCGCUGUGGCGUGGCUUCAGACGCGGGCUGGCGUCUGGGGAAGCUUAUCUGAGGUGUAUAAACUUGACACAAAUGUCUUCACCUCUCUUCAUGUUGGUCUCACUCAGCUUUUGGAGGAGUUGGAAAAGGAUGGGAAAAUUUCCCAAACCUGCCAGAGACCACUUCCCACCCACCAUGCUGCCAGGCUCAUAUGAAGUUUAAGAAUGUAGGUGAAGUCUCGAUGCCCGUGAUUGGAAUGACUUGGGGGCCUCACAGAUCUCUGGGUGGCAUUAGGUGACGUGUUAGUCACAGGAAGAUCGCUCUCCCUGGACCUGGAGAGGUCUCUGGUCACCGUGGGAACUGUGCGGCACCGGCUGGGGACGUUUCCUUUCAGCACAGACACGAGCAGAAAGGUCUGGCAUUCUCUGCUUGGAGCUUUCACCGAGUUGAGCAAUAUCCGAGAAGGGACAGGUGUAGGUCCCGGAAAUUACUCUACUUCAAAUAACCUCACACAUUACGGAGCAAAACUUGCACGUAUCAUCCCUGAAUUAAGAGACACGAUGUCAUUCCUUAGAAAUGUGUCAUGUGACCAAGAUCUAUCGUCUUGUGCUGAUAUUUUAAAAAAUGCUGCUGCAUUUAUUUUAGAAGAUGGCUUACAGUACAAGAACACUUCACGGAGGACACUGCGCGUUCUGGCCAUGCUAAGCUCCACAUUUUCUUCUGAGGAUAACAUCAGCAGAUUGCAAGGAUGCGUGGCAUGGGUAGAGGUCAUAAACCGACUGUCCCUGAAGUAUAAUUCAAGUUUCGCCCCGGGCCAUCUUCAGAGAAUCUGGGGGAGUUUCAGAGACAUGAAAGGCAAAAUGAACUCUACGCUGAAAAUUGUAAACCGGGUGCUAAAUAUAAAGAAACCUCCUUGUUCAGUGACUGAGUUAAAUACAAGUUGUUUAAAUAUUUAUUUGAAAGACGUAGCUGACUUUCUAAAUAAUAUACCUACUAGAGUCUUGGAAAAAGAGAGGGUCCUCAAAUUUGAGACUGUGUUAGCUCUUUUAAACGAUUCCACAAACCAAGUGAGGUUGGUUAUCAGCAACUUGGCAGUAGACUGGAAACACUUCGCUGAAUUAUUGAGACCCCUGGAAAUGGCAGGUGAAAUUCCCAGCCAGUUCCAAAACUGGCUGCAUUUAAUGGCACUUGGGCAGGAAAUUCAGUAACUCAUGAAAGAUACUUCCUCUAACUUCCGUGAACACUGAGAAGGCUUUGGUACACUUGCCACUAGUCCACAGGAAAAGGAUGUGAGCAGUUUAGGGAAUUCCAUUUAUUACUUAGCCACGUAUCUUGCCCCCGACUUGUCUCUCGGUCUCCAAAAUUUGUCAAGAGCAGUUCCACGUGAAGCAACUAUGGCCGUGGGUCUUGGCAUUCAGCUGGCGAGGGAUGUGUUCAGCUCCUUAGUACCUGUCACUGAACCCAGUAUUCCACAGGAUGCAGGUCACAUUCAGGUUCUCAAGAUUGCUGCUUUCCUACGCAGUCUCAGGAAAGCCGACCUAGACCUAGUAAUAGGUCAACUUGUACACAUCAGGGAAAACCUUGUGACUUGCUUUCAGAAUGCCAAUAGGUUAGGUGCUGGCAAUUCAGGGGUCAACUUGCUCGUGGACCUGAUGGAGAAAUUUUUAGGGAGCUCCCGUUCCUGGAACGUCAACCACCUGCUGCGUCUUCUGCGCCUGUUCCCUGAAGACAAGCUGAACACAGUGGUAGAUGCAUACUAGCCCUUCCCCCAUGGGGAGGCUCCCGCGGGGCCUUGUGACAAGAAUAUCACAGAGGCCCUCAAGGACGUCUGCGAUUUCGUGCCCCCUCGUGGCAUAAGCGUUUCACACAUCACCGAGGAAGAUGCUACUGUGAUAAAAGCGCUCUCAGACAUGAUCGAAUCACUCUCGGAUAAGCCAGAAGUGAUGUCGGAGGCUUUACCUUGCCUUCCUGUGCUUUGGUGCUGGAAUCGUACAACUUCCCGAUUUCGGCAGAAUCCCACGUUGGAAGCCUGCCGUGGCCGUGGGCUCGGGUCUUCUUCCUUUUACAGCCAAGUGGUCCUUAUGCUUGACCACCUCCACCUGGCUUCCCUGGGUGGCGGGUCAUGGCGUGCAAAUGAGAGCUCACGGAUGGAAGUAUCUGGGAACGUGGUCUGUGCCAUCCGUGAACGAAUGGACUGGAAUUCCAUUCUUCUGGGGGUAGCUGAAGUCUUCUGUGUUAACAUUUCUCUAGCAAAAGCCAUGCGAGAGUUUUGGCAUAAGGUGUUACCAUUUUUCCCACCUACUGGAAACCAAAGUAACCAUGGCCUCUCUGAGCUUUGUCCUGGUGCUCCCAUAAAGCAAGUUGCUUUGCGAAUCAUGAAAAAAAAACUAAAAAAUGUCAACUUUACGAAACUUGUUACCUCAGGUGAAAACUUUCUUAAACUAGCGAGUUCAGACAAGAACCUCAACAUGAGUCAUGACCCACAGACAUCUGCUCAAGAUACUGCCUUUAGCUGGGAAAGAGUAAUAAAAUCCACUUCUGGGGAUGGGAGCCUAGACAAUAGGACUUGUUGUCUACUGUCUCCACUCGUGGCCAAUCUUCCAGGCAGGAGCUUAGCAGCACUAUCAAGUUUCCUUAAAGGUGAAAUAAUAUAUGACUUUGAAGAGCUGUGGCUGGUGUUUGAACCAGUCAUGAAGGACCUAGCCCGUGACGUUGGCGUUGGGCACCCGAUUCCUGCAGUUAAAGAAGCAAUCCAAAGGACACACUCGGAGCCUCAGAACGAUCUUUGCAACUUGCCCGCCUUCUGGACUCCCUGGACUUGGCGGCACAAAAUCGCAUGUUGUUUAUACAUAUGUGUGUAUUUACAGUGUGUUUCCAGAGAUUCUGCAGACCCAGACGCUGGGUUGACUUCCUGCUUUCGUGAAAGACAGGGAUUGUUCAGCAUUUCCUCAAGUUUAAAGGAGGCUCUACAUUAUCCAAUCCAAAGCUCACUCGAGUGAGAAUUUUAUUUUGAUUGUAAUGGAGAAGUGGAGUUCAUGAGAGAUUCAUUGCAUGCCCUUCUAAAGACAACCCCCGGGGAAAAUGAGACUGAGAAAAACCCGGACUUUGUCCCAGCAGUGAGUUCACUGCUCUUCCUCGCGAUUGCUUCGGGGGACCCCUUCCCACUCAAUCGCGACCUUAGGUUGGCACUUCACCUUGCGAGACAAAGUUCCAGCGACAUAGCAGUGCUUGUGGGCGCCCUUUGAAACUCUCCCCAUCAGGACUUCUUGUAUCCAGGACUCCAAGAGAGGAUUCUUGCUAAUCUAACAGACUGGCUCUCCUUUAUGAAGAGUUCAUUUCCCCUAAGAAAUAGGGCGGCAUCGGACAACAUGAGGCGGUUACUUGGUGUUGUAUCACGAGCCAGCGAAGACAGCAGUGUCUGGAAACCCCUCCUGGAACCCCCUUGGGCUCUGUCUGCGCUGCUGAAUGGCAGGGCUGAGCUGAGCGGCCUGGCCAUGUCCGUGGACUGCACGGUGAGGCUUCUUGAGCUGGCCACGGACGUUUCAGGAAAGGUAGCUGUGAUUUGACAUUUCCUCUCCAGUACCAGGGACCUGAGGGAUUCUUCGACGCUCUUUAUUCCAUCUCGCAACAAAAGCGUUCAACAUCUUGUGAAGGAAAAAGCUACUUUGAAAAGGCGUUUCCCAUUUACAGAGACUGAGGGUUUGCUGCUGCCUUUCUUGACGUGGCCCGUGGGAUGGCUGGGGGACCCGGUACUUGGCGACUCUGCUGUUCCCGGCCUGACACCCAGCAUACGCACGUGGGCCAACCAAGGGCUUUCCAGUGUGUUAGAGGAAGUUGCUGAGUUUAUUUCUGUGAAUGUCAGUGUUGCAGAUGUGGAGCAUCGCGUGGUGGCAUUCAGCAGUGGAACUCCAAUAUUUUAGGAGUCUGUGAGCCUACGGGAGGAAAGCCUGGAUUUAGUUCCUGUAAAUAACCUCACCUGCCAGAUGGGCUUCUACACCUUUCUCCAACCGCCAUUCAGUUGCCCUCAAGACGCACAACGGAGGAGAAUUCAUGAAGCCACUUCAGACGAAAUAGUAUCACAAAACAGCGCAGAAACUUACUUGAAAAUGGCAACCCACCGGGAAGCCCUCUGGAAGAGCUCACAGCAGGAUGGCUGCAAUGUAAUCUUGUCCGCGUUUGCUAAGCACGCGGAUAGUCUCCUGAAAACCACAGAGGCAGGCCUACAGGCCCAUCGCAGGAUUAAAAGCGACUACGGAGGUGAUUUGAGCAAAGGCCUGCUUCUCAGCACAUCUCUGGUCCAGAGUGUAACUCGCCAACUUGGAAAAGCCAUCCUGAGUGUGUCCGUCAGAGCUAUGCCCUCCAGGACACGGCGUCUCCCAGACGCUCAUGGUGGGAAGGUUCCCAACUGUGUCCGCGGUACUUCGUGCCCCGUAGGGCGACUGUGGCUGAGCAGGCAGGUGGCUCAAGUGUGUGCUGUGACUUUGCCUUCUGUGCAGCACAGAUGCACACGGGAUGCUGAUUUCUACCCUUUCACGCCCUUGUCUUUUUCCAUAAGCGCUGGUGAAGUGUGUCAAGUUUUCUGGCAGCCCGUGGAGCCCUCGGAAGCCCUCGAGAUGCUGCAGAAAGUGAGCCUGGUGGCUCUGCGGGCGCUGCUCAUCCUGGCAGAAAACCCUUCCCUGACACGGGACGCUCUGUGCGCUGCUCUGAGCUGCAAGCACGGCGGGACAAGGCGCCUCCUUUUGUCUGCUGUACAAGGGUUCGCCCUGGGGCAGGACCACUAUCAGGAAAUUGAAGAGAUAUGGUCCUCACCCACUCAACUGACUUGUGAAAGGCUCAUCAGAAAUCUUUCUAGAGCCUUGGGAAGCCUGAAGAGCAACCUGGAAAAUGCCACCGCCCAGGACUGCAUGUGCCAGCCCGAGCUGGGGCCUGCUCAGCAGCGCGCCCACAGGUUUGCCAAAAGCCUUGCAGAGACCUGGUUGUCAGGGUUUCCCAUCGCGACUUUUCUCAGCAAUUUCACAGUAACUGAGGGUAAGUAUUUGGUCCUCCUAGUUUGCAUGAUUAAACACUGUCUAGUUUUUUCACACAAAUAUAUUACUAAAGUGUACAGGGGGAACAGCAUGCUGUAUGUGAUGAUUCACAACUCAGAACUCGUCUGGUCUGAGUGUUUGGGUUUUAAGGGAAGUCCUAAAAUCCAGGCACAGAAGUCCAGCAGGGAAGGAAGAAAAGCUUCUGUGGUCUGGUGUGGGGAGCAAUCCGCGUUCCCGCGGGACCUCCUGCUCGCUGCAGAGCGCGGGUCUGGAAAUGGAGGCGUAAAGGAAAACCUGGCCGAGGUGUGUGCCCUGCGAGCCCCGGGUGACAGCCGGGACUUCCUGCUCAGCCGGUGUGACCAGAGCGAGAGAGAGCGAGUGAGUGCAUAUUCACACACUAACCCUAACCUUUCUGAGAUGUUGGAGACUAGGGCACACUCUCCCAAGCAGUGCCCUUCCGGAGGUGGGGAGCCGAGCAGGGGCUGGGAAGUGGGCUCGGGCCCUCCCGGCGGCGCCUGUGCCGGCAGGGGUGCUCACUGGCCACCCUGUGCUCUGGCUCAGGUUCUCUGGAGCGCCCUCACCGCGGCUCUGUCUGGAAGGUGUGAUCAGGAAAUCCUGCGCCUCCUGCUGACGCUUCCCGAGGACGAGACGUCUCGGUUUGUGACGGAGGAGCUCUGUGGCCUGCCCGGGUCCCGGGUGUACCCUCUGCUUGUGUCCAUGGGUCGGAACCUGAACCUGCGGAGCUUCGUUUACCAAACUCUGAUACCACCCGAAGCCAGGGGCUUGCUCCACUCCCUGUCGGAUGUCGUGUCCAGCCUCAGCUCCUUGCUCGGCAGAGCCCAGCACGUCCUCCGACACCUUCCUGCGUUUCUUCACACCCUGGAAAUUGACGCCUUGCUGGACACCUCUGGCUUUCUGCAGGUUCCAAGAAGUGGCCUGGCCAGAGGGUCAGUCUUCGGCUCUUUCCAGACUGUGGUGAAGAUGGUUUGCAAGGACCAAGCAUCUUUUCUCAGUGAUUCUAACAGCUUCAUUAAUUUGCCCAGAGUUAAUGAGCUCUUGGAGGAUGACAAGGAGAAAUUCAACAUUCCUGAGGAUUCAACUCCGUUUUGCUGGAAGCUGUAUCAGGAAAUCCUGCAGUCUGCAAAUGGUGCCGUGGUGUGGUCCUUCCUGAAACCCGUACUCCAUGGGAAAAUCCUCUACACACCCAACACGCCCGGGGUCCACCAGGUCAUCCGAAAGGCGAAUUAUACCUUUCAUUUUGUGGACAAGCUGAAGGGUCUAUUGGAAACGGUGCUGAAGAUGUCCAGCCUUUUCCAGGGAAGUGGGAGUGGCCAGGUGUUCAGCCAGCUGCAGAAUGCCCUGAGAAACAAAUUUAUAAGAAGGUUUAUAGAAGUCCAGCUGCACAUUGAUGUAGACACCCUAAUGGAAAAACUCCAGACAUACGGAGGGAUGCUGGAGAAAAUGUUUAACCACACUGGGACCGACCACAUCCGUCUCCUGGGCCAUGUCUUGGUCAACCUGUCCUCCUGUGUGACUCUGAACCGUUUCCAGGCCAUGGACUCUGUGGACGCCUUGGAGAGCAAAGCCCGUGAGCUGAUGAAGCACAACAGCUUCUUGGCCAGUGUCAUAUUCAACAGUUCCUUAGUCAGGAGGAGCAGCCCAUCUGCGUCUCUCAAGCUGCCACCCCAUGUCACCUACACAAUCAGGACCAGUGUCUUGUACAGCAUGAGAACAGAUAUGGUGGAAAACCCUUCCUGGAAGUUCCAUCCUCAGAGUCUGCCAGCCGACGGGUUCAAGUAUAACUACCUCUUUGUCCCGCUGCAAGACAUGAUCGAAAGAGCCAUCGUCGCCGUGCAGACAGGCCACGACGCUCCAGAGCCGGCCGCCCAGACGCAGGCUGCCCCCUACCCCUGCCACACCAGCGACCUGUUCCUGAACAACGUGGGUUUCUUUUUCCCUCUGAUCAUGAUGCUGACCUGGAUGGUGUCUGUGGCCAGCAUGGUCCGGAAGCUGGUUUAUGAACGGGAGAUCCAGAUAGAAGAGUACCUGCGGAUGAUGGGCGUGCACCCUACAACCUACUUCCUGGCCUGGUUCCUGGAGAACGUGGCCGUGCUGGCCGUGAGCAGCGCGGCCCUGGCCAUCGUCCUGAAAACCAGCGGCAUCUUCACGCACAGCAACGCCUGUGUCGUUUUCCUCUACCUCCUGGAUUUUGGGGUGUCCAUCAUCAUGCUGAGUUACUUCCUGAGCACGCUUUUCGACCGUGCGAAUACGGCAGCCCUCUGCACCAGCCUGGUGUACAUGGUCAGCUUUCUGCCCUACAUAGUUCUCUUGGUCCUGCGUAACCAGCUGAGUCCUGUGGUUCAGAUGUUUCUGUGCCUCUUCUCGACAACGGCCUUUGGACAAGGAGUAUUUUUCAUUACAUUCCUGGAGGGACAAGAGGCAGGGAUCCAGUGGAGUAACAUGUACCAGGCCCCGGAACGCGGGGGCAUGGCAUUCGGCUGGGUUUGUUGGAUGAUUCUCUUUGAUUCGAGCCUCUAUUUCUUAUGUGGAUGGUACUUCAGCAACUUGAUUCCUGGAAGCUUCGGAGUGAGGAGACCCUGGUAUUUUCCCGUCACCGUCUCGUACUGGAGGAGCCUGUGUGGCUUCCUGGAGAAGCAGCCGAGCUCUCCCUGCUCUGGCCCCUUCGGCGGUGAGAACCGCGGCCACACAGGGUCACCGCCCCAAAAUGGGGAAGGGGAGCUGAGAGGGGGCCAUCUGGGAGUCGCCCUGGUGUCUGUGACCAAGGACUACGAAGGCCACAAGGCCGCCAUCCAGGACCUCAGCCUCACCUUCCACAGGGGCCAGAUCGCCGCCCUGCUGGGGACCAACGGUGCUGGGAAGACCACCAUCAUAUCCCUGUUGACGGGGCUCCACCCUCCCACUUCUGGAACCAUCAUCGUCGAUGGCAAGAACCUGCAGACAGACCUGUCCAGGGUCAGAAGGGAGCUGGGGGUGUGUCUGCAGCAUGACGUCCUCUUCGACAGCCUCACUGUCCAGGAGCACCUGCUACUGUUUGGCUCCAUCAAGGCGCCGUGGUGGACCCAGGAGGAGCUGCGGCAGCAGGUGGCCAAAACCCUGCAGGAUGUGGAGUUGACUCCACACCAGCACAAGCCGACCCGCGCCCUGUCUGGAGGCACCAAGCGGAAGCUGUCCCUGGGCAUUGCCUUCAUGGGCACAUCACGGACCGUGGUCCUGGAUGAGCCCACCAGUGGCGUGGACCCCUGCUCCCGCCGCAGCCUCUGGGACAUUCUGCUCAGGUACCGAGAAGGUCGCACGAUCGUCUUCACCACCCACCACCUGGAUGAGGCCGAGGUGCUCAGCGACUGUGUGGCCGUCCUCCAGCACGGGCGGCUCAGGUGCUGCGGCCCUCCCGUCUGCCUGAAGGAGGCCCACGGCCAGGGGCUCCGCCUGACGCUCACCCAGCAACCGCCUGUUCUGGGGGCCUCCGAUCCUGAGGACGUCGCUCGUGUCACAUCCCUGGUCCAGGUCUAUAUUCCACAAGCGUUUCUCAAAGGCAGCAGUGGGGGAGAGCUGACCUACACCAUCCCCAAGGACGCAAACACCGCCUGCUUCAAAGGCCUCUUCCAGGCCCUGGACCAAAACCAGCAGCAGCUGCGCCUGGCCGGCUACGGCCUCUCAGACACCACCUUGGAGGAGGUGUUCUUGACGCUUCUGCAAGACUCCAACGAGAAGUCUCACCUUGCCCCGGGGAACAAGUCCGAGGCACAGCACAGCCCUGCCAGCCAUGUUCCUGGUGCAUGUGGCUCACCUGUGCGGCCCCCACCUGUGCAGGGCCGCCAGCUCCUUGUGGCACAGGUGGCUGCCCUCCUGCAUAAGCAGCUGCGCCACACGCUCCGGGCCUGGAGGGGCACGCUCGCGGACCUGCUGCUGCCUGUGCUGUUCGUGGCCCUGGCCAUGGGCCUGUUCAUGGUGCGGCCCCUGGCCACCAGCUACCCUCCCCUCAGACUGACACCUGGCCACUACAAGGGGGCCGAAACCUACUUUUUCAGCAGCGGGGAUGACGACCUGGACCUCGCCCACGUGCUCCUGAGGAAGUUCAGAGGUCAAGGUCUGAUCUGCGCUGAUUCAAACCCGGACCUGAGGAAUUCCUCGUGCUGGCGCCGGGAUCUCUUUUCCCACCCAGAAUUCCAGGACUCCUGUGGCUGCCUGAGGUGUCCCAACAGCAGUGCAGGGGCGCCCUACCUGACCAGCGGCCUGGGCCACACCCUGCUGAACCUCUCGGGCACUGACGUGGAGGAGUACCUGCUGCUGCCAUCUGAUACACCCAGGCUCGGCGGCUGGUCCUUCGGAGUGCGCCUGCCCGGCAAAGCUGAGGCUGCGAACGCAAGCACAUCCAAGUCGGAGACUCUGGCGAAGGUGUGGUACAAUCAGAAGAGCUUCCACUCCCUGCCUUCCUGCGUGAAUCACCUCAACAACCUUGUGCUCUGGCGGCAUUUGCCCCCUGCUGCGGACUGGCGACAAUACGGAAUAACGCUCUAUAGCCACCCGUACGGAGGCGCCUUGCUGAACGAGGACAAGAUCCUGGAGAGCAUCCGUCAGUGCGGUGUUGCCCUGUGCAUCGUGCUCGGCUUCUCCAUCCUGUCUGCGUCCAUCGGGAGCUCUGUGGUGAGGGACAGAGUGACUGGAGCCAAGAGGUUGCAGCACAUAAGUGGCCUUGGCUACAGGACGUACUGGUUCACUAACUUCCUGUAUGACAUGCUCUUCUACUUGAUUUCCGUCGGCCUGUGUGUAGCCAUUAUCGUCCCCUUCCAGUUAACAGCUUUUACCUUCCGCGAGAACUUGGCGGCCACGGCCCUCCUGCUGGCGCUCUUCGGAUACGCAACGCUCCCGUGGAUGUACCUGACGUCCGGCCUCUUCUCCAGCGCGGACGUGGCUCUCAUCUCCUACAUCUCGCUGAAUUUCAUCUUUGGCCUGUGCACCAUGCUCAUGACCACCGUGCCCCGGCUCCUGGCCAUCGUGUCCAAAGCCCAGAACCUGCAGAACAUCUAUGAUGUCCUCAAGUGGGCCUUCACUAUUUUCCCCCAGUUCUGUCUGGGUCAAGGCUUGAUUGAACUCUGCUACAAUCAAAUCAAGUACGACCUGACCCACAACUUCGGCGUGGAUUCCUACGUGAGCCCCUUCGAGAUGAGCUUCUUGGGCUGGAUCUUUGUGGAACUGGCCGUGCAGGGCACAGUGGUUCUUCUGCUGAGGAUCCUGCUGCACUGGGACCUCCUGCGGCCAUCAAGGGGUCCCUCUACCCUCCCCAGCACCGGCAGGUCUUCCAAGGAUGUGGAUGUUUGGAAAGAGCAGCUGAGGGUGUCGGAGGGCAGGACAGAGGGAGACCUCCUUGUGCUGCACAACCUUAGCAAACGCUACGGCAGCUUUUGCAAGAAGACGUCUGCCGUGCAAGGCGUCAGCGUGGCCAUUCCGAGGGGAGAGUGCUUCGGGCUGCUGGGCGUGAACGGAGCGGGGAAGACCACCGUGUUCGGCAUGCUGACGGGCGAGGUCGGCCUGAGUUCGGGGCGCGCUGUGGUCAGGACGCCCGCGGGCGACCACGUGGCUCUGUCUUCUGCCGGCGAGGCUGGCAUCCUCAUUGGCUACUGUCCACAGCAGGAUGCCCUGGACGGGCUGCUGACGGGUCGGGAACAUCUCCGCUAUUACUGCCGCCUGCGCGGGAUUCCCAAGCAGCGCAUCCCCGAGGUUGUCGGAGACCUCCUGAGGCGCUUGCACCUCGAAGCCCACGCGGACAAACUGGUGGCCACCUACAGUGGGGGUACCAAGCGGAAACUCUCCACGGCGCUGGCCCUGGUGGGGAAACCCGACAUUCUUUUAUUGGAUGAGCCCAGCUCUGGGAUGGAUCCCUGCUCUAAGCGGUACCUGUGGCAAACAAUCCUGGCAGAGGUCCGGGAAGGCUGUGCCGCGGUGCUGACCUCCCACAGCAUGGAGGAGUGCGAGGUGCUGUGCACGAGACUGGCUGUGAUGGUCCACGGCAGCUUCAGCUGCCUCGGCUCUCCCGAGCACAUUAAGGACAGGUUUGGUGAUGGUUAUGCAGUCAAAGUUUGGCUCUGUAAGGAAGCACGUGUGCCUAGCCCUGUUUCCGACUGCCUGAAUCUCCAUUUUCCAGGAACCCAGUUUAAGGGCCAGCGCCUUAAUUUAUUGGAAUAUCAAGUGCCCAGAAGGUGGGGGUGCUUAGCUGACUUGUUCAAAGUUCUAGAGAACAACAAGGCGACCUUGAAUAUUGAGCAUUACUCCGUCAGCCAAACCUCUUUGGAGCAGGUAUUUCUUCGUUUUGCUACUGAACAGCAGCCCACCCCACAACCCCGCGAUGGUCGUGACCUGCACCCCCUGCCCAUCUAAGCCCUAAGGAGUAGAACCUGGUCCUUCCCAGUGGUCAACACUCAGGAAGCAGCGGCGGAACUGCACGGCACAGCCCAGGCAGCCAAGUGACUUCCUCUCCCUCAUCUUCUGUCUCAAGGCAUUUUGUCCAUCACUGCCCAGCCAACGAGAGGCCACCCUUCCUGCAGGCCUCUGGGGAGCUGCUCCGGCACAUUCACUCUCUUUGCCUGGCCAGGUGACAAAGGCAGGGCUGGACUCACAGGGAGCAGGCAGAGGCACUGGUGGAGGAGUGGGCCCGGGUGGCCUGCUCCAGCCCUCUCCAUCUGCCCAAGGACACGGAGGACCCCAGCAAGGUUAGAAAGCUCCUCACUGGCUGGUGUACGGACCGACAUCAAGGACUGUUUCCCACUUCGCCAUCUUUUUGCUAGGUGUGCUUACAUGUUUUUAAAUACAAAUUCGGUGAUUCAGGUGUGAAAUUUUCCUAGAACUGGAUGAAAUGAUGUGUGUGUCAUGAGCAAGUUGUCAAUUUUUUUAUGCAAAAGAAACUUAUUGUAAUAGAAAUUUAGAAGUUUUUAAGCCUAACCUUUCAGAAAAUUAAAUAAAUUGAACUGGUUACUCUGUCAUUUCUCACAGUUUUACCAGAAUUUCACAGACUGCAAUUUUAUGGGAAUAGAGAAAGACGUAGAUAGUGGGUGUAUUUUCUUCUCAAUUUGGAUAAAUAUUCACUGUGGUUUUUUUGUUGUUCGGAGUCCUUGUUUUUCAAAGUGUGGAGUACCCUUCUCAGCUGUGUGGGCGUCUCCUGGGGCGUAUGUGAAGCACACAGAUCCUGGCCCAGUGGAUCUCAGUUAUAGCGCUAGGGCCCAGCAGUCUGGGUUAUUUCCGUGUGGGAACCAUGACCUAAGGAAUUAUCCUGUUACCUUCUAACUAUGUGAGCGGAAACAACACAGUGUGUGGUAACUGAACUUUAAUUUUCAAAUACUUUUGAAAUUUUCUAAAAAUUAUGUCAUUCUCAGAAUCAUUGCCCUCACAAAUAAAGUCCUGGACUAUGGCUCUCAGAGGCUGUUUUGAUCUUGAUAUUUUACAUCUUUUUAGAUGAAAUUCUUGCGUGUGCCACUGCAGGUAGUUCCCAGUCAUGCAUCUGAGAGUUCAGACAUUUCUCAGUGUUCUUCUAACAAUGGUUUCUGAAGGCUUCAGUGUAAGACCACACUAACUUCGUCUUGAAUAUGGCUUUAUGGGGCUGGCAAUGUGGCUAACGGAUUAAGCCGCCACCUGUCAUGCUAGCAUCCCAUGUGGGAGCCAGUUAGAAUAGAACCUGGCUGCACCACCUGCAGUCCAGCUCCUUGCUAAUGGACCCGGGAAAGUAGUGGAGGGUGGCCCAGGUCCCUGGGCCCCUGUGUCCACGUGGGAGACUCAGAUGCAGCCCUUGGUUACAGCCAUUUGGGGAGUGAACCAGCAGAUGGAAGAUUCUCUAACUCUAACUCUAACUCUAACUCUACCUUUCAAAUAAAUAAAAUAUUUUUGAAAAAAAAAGGUGGCUUUAUCCAAUACUAACUUUGAGCACUAGUAGCUUAUGAUCACAGGAAAACACUUCCUUGAAACAUUUCUUUACCAACGCAAGAUUUCAUUGAGUCUGUCUUUCCUAAAUUUCAUUCUAUGUGUGAGAUAUUUUAAAUGGUGAGGAUUAAGCCAAUCAUGAGAGCUUUGAUGUGGGUGAUUUUGAUUCUCUUGCAUUAAAAGGAUUAUGCUUUCUUAAAUUACAAUUUCAAUUUUUAUGAUUUCUUUUCUCCAAUUAUAAUAUGCUCUCCUUGUCAAAAUGGAAGAUGUCAUCUUUUUGCUAUUGUUGAAUCAAUAAAUACCAUUUUGUGAAACAUGAACAUGUUGAU